ACCUAGCUUUAAAGAUGGAAAAGUGUCCUUAAAAACAUUCUGUAUCGAUCCUAAACUUAACCACAGAAAACAGUAAUUAACAAUCAUGAAGGUGGUUUAGGAGAAUUCUCAGAUCCCUGUAGCUUGUUAGAGAGAAAACACGGUGGUUUGGUAACUUUGCUGAAGCACCACCUAGGUUUGAUGAAUGAAGUUCUAGCAUGUCUUUGAAGUAAGGAGAAAAUGGUUUUUGACUAGUUCUCAUAGUAAAGAAACCCACAAACACAUUUGAGUAGUACUUGGCCCCCUCAAAUCCAGCAGCAGUGCAAGAUUCUGUAAAAUUCCAUGUGCCUGGACAGAUGAGGCCUCAGUGAGAUGAGUGCUGAGGUGAGCAAAAAUUCGUUAUGCCUUCCAGGUCUGCUGUUUAAUUUAAUUUUCCUCUCAAACUGACCAUCUGGCGAGUUCUACACGCCAGUGUAGACACCAAAUUUACCCAGAUGGUGCAGUUCAGAAGUCUUGCAAGUGUUUAUAAUGGGAUAUUUUAGCAUUUAGUUUAUAUACCUGUGAAGAAACCAGGACAAAUUCAGUAUUUGCAGGAAUAAUUGUAGCAUCACUUUGCAGUGGAGGAAACUUUAACAAUUUGGCUUAGGCAGGAUGUGCUUUUCUGCUCAGAAACAGCCCUGGAGCAAAAAACAGCUGUAAUUGUGUGUUGGGUUGGGAGAAACCAAGAAGAACAAUGAAAUGAUAGAUGAAGUCUGGCUUUAGGUCAGGAGAUGAAAGGUUAUAGGGAAUGUUGUGCAUCGAGUGAGAUGCAUCAAGUGGUCUCGGAAGUUCCAAGACCUGGAUUUCAAUCCUGUACAGCCCGGAGGUGCUGCAGGUGUCUUGGUUUUGUGUCCCCCGUGGGCGAGGGUGUUGAUCUUGCACUGGGUGCCGGGUUCCCGGGGACAGCCAAAGCGCGGUGGCAAUUCCAGGCGGGAAGCCCCCGUUCUGGUGUCCCUGUGCCACGCUGCCCACCCCCGCGCCAGCCAGCCCUGGGGCCGCGCUGCAGCCCCCGCGCUGCAGCCCCCGCGCUGCAGCAGCAGGGCAGGAGGGGCCGCGGGUCUCCGAGGCGCCCGACGGGGCCUCCCGCCGUGGCGGCUGCGGCGCAGGCCGCGCUUGCCCGCUCCCCCGGGGGCGGGGUGUGCGUGUGACCCGCGGAAGCAGUCGCCGCCGCCGCCGCCUUCCGGGCCCGCCGGGCGGGGCGAUGCCGCUGGUGGUGCUGUGCGGGCGGGCGGGCAGCGGCCGCAGCCGCCGGGCCGCGGAGCUGCGGGAGGCGCUGGGCGGGCCCGAGCGGCAGGCGCACGUCGUGGCCGAAGCGGAGGGCGGGCGGGCGGCGCUGCGGGCCGAGGUGGAGCGGCGGCUGAGCCGGCGGGAUGUGGUGAUCGUGGACGCGGGUAACGAGCUGCGGAGCAUCCGCUACGAGCUGUACUGCUUGGCGCGGCAGGCGGGCACGGCCCGCUGCCUGCUGCACUGCGCCGGCGGCUCCGACGGCCCCGACCAGCCGCCCUUCGAGGCGCCCGACCCGCGCAACCGCUGGGACCAUCCGCUGUUCACGGUGCGCGGGGAGGAGCCGCUGCCGCUGCCCGCCAUCCGCGCCGCGCUGUUCCGCAGCGCCCCGCCGCCGCCGCACCGCGCCACCCGCGCCCAGCCCCUCCAGUCCAGCGGCUUCCUGCACCGCCUCGACCGCGCCACGCAGGAGGUGCUGGCCGCCGUCGUGGCCGCGCAGAGGAGCGGCGCCCAGCCCGGCCAGGAGGUCCGGGUGCCCGGCGUCGCCGAAGGGCUGGUGCUGAGCCGGCCCGUCAGCAUGGCCGAGCUGAGCCGGCUGCGGAGGCAGUUCCUCAGCUACACCAAGAUGCAGCCCAGUGACGAGAACUUGUCCCAGUUGGCCAGCAUGUUCCUGCAGUACCUGAGCCGCAGCAUCCAGUGAGCCCUGUCGCCUGAGCCGCGCAGAGCAGCAGCCGUGCUCGGGUCCCGAAGUACUUGGAGCAGUCAGAACAUGCCUUCCAGCCACAACCCCCCCCGGAGCCCGGGUCCCACCUGUCGCACGUCAGAUGCAACAAGAGCAGCUCUGGGAAGAUGGAUGCUACGUCCCUGCAGCAGCUGAGCAAGCUCCAUUGCUAAGAGGAUCUGUAGGGACGCUGUUCACCCCCCACAUCCUCCUCGCUUGGGUCUUUCAAAAGGGAGAGCUACUCCUGCAUCCCCAAGCAAGUGGAGUCUUCUGUGGAGACCUAGAGCCCAGCAAUCAGCUGGUGUCUGAACAUGAAAGCCCAUGUUUUCCCCUUCACAUUGGGAUGUGUGUAUCUUGAAUAAGAAGAUUCUUUUUCCAAAACUGCCUCCCGAUAAUGUCAAACUGCAGGAGAGACUUCAGUUCUGGAGCUGGAACAACUUAUAUUUUUUAGGAUGUGACUCUUUCAAAAUACCCUGCUGAACCUGAGAGGUGGAUAUGCAAACUGGGCAACAGAAAGGUGCUUAGCUUAGGAAACUCACCUCUUUGUUUCAGGUUUAGCAAUAAAAUUUGUGCCUUAAAUGGAACAAAGUCCUUAAUUUACUGCAGGAGUAACUUUUUCGAAGCAGUGCUGUGUCUUUUCUCUGCAAGGUCCUCAUUUUAAAAACACUAGUUGUUUAAGUGCUCUUGUAGGACAGUGAGCUAAAAUGGGAAUGUCUGUUCUGGGUGAAACUCUCCCAUGGGUCUGUAUGUGCUGUGAUGGGUAACUCAGUUUUGUGCUUCUUUUCAACUAAUUUCAGUCUUUGCUAUACCACAUAUUAGCUUAUAUGAACUUUUCACUUUCUGGUGGAUGCUUCGUCCCUCAUUUUAAUAAAUUGUGGCUUUUGGUCUUAA